AUGAAGAACAUUCAGCGCCUUGAGCUGCCAGCUGCCGCUGAUAUGCACGUCCAUUUGCGUCAGAGCGAGUUGAUGGACCUGGUGGUUCCUACUGUUCAACAGGGUGGAGUUGAUACGGUAUUCGUUAUGCCUAAUCUUCUCCCUCCUCUCACUUCUGUCCAGCAGGUGCUUGGUUACAAGUCCAAACUGACUACCAUCACUCAAGAUGUCAACUUCCUCAUGUCACUCUAUCUUCACCCUUCAGUGACUCCUGAAGUAAUUGCUCAAGCUGCUAAGGCCGGUAUUACGGGUGUCAAGUUGUAUCCUCAGGGUGUUACCACCAACUCAGAGAGUGGUGUUUCUGAUAUUACGGCAUUCUAUGAUACCUUCGCUGCCAUGGAGAAGCAUGGAAUUGUCUUGAACAUUCACGGCGAGGCCCUUGAGUCUCUUGCGCCAGCCGACACAACCUUGGAAGAAGCGUUCCUCCCUACCCUGAAGCAGCUCCACGAUCGAUUCCCACAGCUGCGUAUUGUGCUUGAGCAUUGUACCACUGCCGCUGCUGUGGAGGCUGUCAAAGCCUGUGGCCCUACUGUUGGUGCGACUAUCACUGCUCAUCAUCUUUAUCUCACUUCCAGUGAGGCCUGCUGCGACCCUUUUGCUUUCUGCAAGCCAAUUCCCAAGAAGCCUACCGAUAGAGAUGCCCUUGUCAAGGCUGUAGUUAGCGGCAACUCCAAGUUCUUCUUUGGAAGUGACAGUGCCCCUCAUCCUCUGCAGUCCAAGACCUCCGCAGAAAAGGGUAAGGCGCCUGCGGGUGUCUUCACCCAGCCUUAUGUGGUGCAACUUGUCCUUCUUGGUCUUGAGGAGGCCAUCGAACGUGGCGUCAUCACGGAAGAUGAAGUCACACAAGAGAAGCUCGAGAGCUUCCUUAGCCGCAACGGACGCCGCUUUUAUAAGCUGCCCGAAACUUCUGACAAAAAGAUAAUCUUGGAGAGGAAGGGCGAAAAGAUUCCUACGAGUGUCAAGAGUGCCAAUGGAAAGUCCGAGGUCGGUAUCUCUAGACAUGGUGCUGAAGUUUUCAGCUUGACCUGGGCUUAA